CCUUUUCUGUUCCGUGCCGUUUCCAUUCCUUGAAUUGAGUCCCUCGACUGCAAGCGCGCGUUUAUCGUUCCGACCGUCGCCGCCCAGGCGACGCCUUCAUCCACGUUUUCUGCGCUCUCCCCUCCCUUUGCUUCCCCUCUCAACACUCAAACUAUGGGCGGGCCGACACUUGGCGUCAUGCCUCCAAUCCAUGUGCAUGGACAUGAUGGAGGGGUUCUACGGAUGAAAACAAUCCAUUUUUGACUUGCUGGAUCUCGGGAAGAGGUCCGACGACUUUGCCUGGAGUUCAAUGGCUCCAGCUCCCCAGGAAUCGCGGGGGCAUCGCCGGUCUCUCCUUCUGUUGCUGUCCAGGGGCCGCCGCCUCCUCCUCCUCCUCCUCCUCCUCGAUAGAAGAGCUCGCGCACUCGGAGGAAUUGAAUCUAGGUCUCCCCACAUCAAGAUCCACGCCCUUCCUUCGCCCCUCCUCCAUCUCCCACUCCCUCCUUCGCGUGCCCAUUCACAUUGUCGGCACACCAGUGCAUUCCUUCGAUUCCUCCCUUUUAAAGCCCCCGCCCCUGUUCGUUCAUUUAUUCCAAUCUCCUCUGCCUUUUGGGGGACGCCUGCACCAGGCGAUCUGAUUCGUCCUGAUCCGAGAAGAAGAACAGCAUACAAUACAGAGGUAGUCCGAAGAUCUGAGAGAAGCAGCUCUAUUUUCUUGUCAUUUGUCUCUGAGGUGCAGUGCCAUGCCUACGGAUUUCAAAUCAGAUUUAUUUAUUAACUAUGAUGCAGAGGCUAUACCCAAAAGCUAUGAUUUAGAGGAACCUGACUUCAAAGCUAAGAAUGUGGCUACAGAUUUCAGCAAUAAAGCACGCUGCAAGAUCCUUCAUAGUUUUCUCAAGCAAGGAAAGAACUCGCUGAUCAAAGUUGCGACGAGGGCCAUGAUUAACAGAACAUCUAAUGGAACUCAAGCAGCAUCAGAUGAUGUCUUUGAUGAAAAUGGAAAGCGGCAUAAUGGAAUUGAAAGUAAAUCUGGGCCCUUGCUAUCUGGAAUGGCUUAUUGCAUUUCUUCUUGCUGCAUGAUAUUGCUGAACAAAGUUGUUCUUUCUGGCUAUAAUUUUCAUGCUGGCAUAUCACUAAUGCUUUACCAGAAUUUUAUAAGUGUCGCAAUUGUCAUAACAUUGGUGUUCUUUGGAGUAGUCACAACAGAAAGACUCACAUGGAAGCUGAUCCGAGUUUGGGUUCCUGUAAACUUUAUAUUUGUCUGUAUGCUGGUGACAGGCAUGUACAGUUUGAAGUACAUAAAUGUUGCGAUGGUCACCAUAUUAAAGAACAUGACAAACAUUUUAACAGCUAUUGGAGAAACAUAUUUUUUCAGAAAACGCCAGAAUGAGAAAGUCUGGGCUGCCCUUUUUCUAAUGGUUGUAUCAGCUCUAUGUGGGGGAAUCACUGAUUUAACUUUCCAUGCGGUAGGCUAUAUGUGGCAAUUUAUGAACUGCAUUUUCACAGCAAGCUACUCACUGAUCCUGCGUUGGAAGAUGGAUACGGCAAGACAAUUGACUCAAUCUGGUUCACUCAAUGAAGUGUCUAUGGUGCUACUGAACAAUUUGCUGUCAUUACCCUUUGCCAUAUUCUUGAUUAUUCUCUUCAAUGAGUGGGAAUAUGUUUACAAGGCGGACGUAAUCAGGAUGCCUAUAUUCUGGGUGGUGGCGACGGCAAGUGGAUUACUUGGACUUGCCAUCAGUUUCACCUCUAUGUGGUUUUUAAAACAAACUGGCCCCACCACCUACAGUCUAGUGGGCUCAUUGAACAAGAUUCCUAUCUCCAUUGCUGGUAUCUUGCUGUUCAGAGUCCCAACUAGUGUUCCCAACUUAUUCAGCAUAGUUUUUGGUCUUUUUGCUGGAAUUUUCUUUGCAAAGGCAAAAAUGUCGUGAUUGCCAUUGAAUGAAGCAACAGAAAUUACAUGCAGGACUCUACAUUACUUGUACACUUAUGCAAUAUGAAGUUUUUUCAUUUAAUUCUGUAAUACAAGCAUAGAGGAGAGGAGCUAGUGAGGUCUCACUUACGACAUUCAAAGAAUCAUGGCAGUGCAUCAUAUUGGUUGGAGAAAAUAUAAUUCAUUUUGUUCCUUUAUUGUGAUGGCAUAAUUUUUCCAAAUGCCGAGCCUGCUUUUUUUUUUUCUGCAGGAGAGUCACUGGCGCACAGUAAAAAAUGGAAAAACAGCAUUGGUGCCAUUACAUAAUUGCAUGCAAGUUGAAUGAUAAUUCAGCAUUUGAAACAUUUAUUGCUGCAAUCAAUAUUACCAUUAUCUUUUGUUUUA